AUGGCAGCAGUCACAAAGUCCCAAGAAGGAGACAUAAAUAAAUACUUUCAACCCAUUGCAGUCACAAAUAAUGCACCUGGAGCUGGAGACGAAACUAUGACUUCUAAUGAUGAUAAUAGUGGCAAUGGUAGUAUAAAUGAGAAUGAUGCAACGACAAAUCCUAAUGAUUUGGUCGAUAAUGAUAAUGAUGGGGUUGAGGCACAAAACGAUGAAGUCGACGAUGAGUAUCAACCUUUAGAUAUUGAUGAUCCAGGAAAUGGGGAUGUUAUUGAUCAAGCUUUGAGAGAUAAGUUGGUCCAAAUAGGCCCGUUGUUUAGCAAUCGCAGAAGUGAUAAGCAGUUAGCUUGCGAAGGUUUUCAAGAUUGGGGCAAUUUAAGUACAAAGCUUAAGGAACAUGAAAUUUAUGAUCAGUACUACAGAUGUAUGCUAAAAUGGACUGAAUUGGAGAUGAGAUUGAGAAAGGUACAGACAAUUGACAAAGCUGAAUUUGAUGAGGUAAUGAAAAUGCAUCUUCAUCGUAUACAAAAUAACGAAAUUCAUUAUCAUUAUCUUAGUCACAAGAUUCAAAAUGAGUUCAUAUUGAGGUUGGCCAAUGAAACGAAAAGUAUGAUUCUUAAGAAGAUACGAAAAGCUAAAUAUUUUUCUGUUAUGUUGGAUUGUACUUCGGAUGUUAGUCAUGAAGAACAAAUGACUCUUGUGAUUAGAUGUGUGGAUACUUCUGCUACUCCAGUAAAAGUGGAAGAGUUCUUCUUAGGGUUUUUAAAGGUGGAUGACUUAACUGGUCAAGGCCUUUUUGGUGUGCUUCAAGAUACAUUGAAAGAUCUUCAGCUUGACAUUGGUAACGUAAGAGGCCAAGGAUACGACAACGGCGCUAAUAUGAAAAUAUUACAUAAAGGUGUACAGAAAAGGAUGAUUCAGGUAAACCCUAGAGAAUUUUACACUCCAUGUGGUUGUCAUAGUCUUAAUCUUACUAUCAGCGAUAUGGUCAAGUGUAGCCCUUAUGGAGGUACUUUUUUCGGUGCACUUCAAAGUAUUUAUGUGAUGUUUUCAGCUUCUCCGAAGCGAUGGAAAGUUUUCAAGGAUAAGGUGAAAGGUUCAGAGGGCAUUAUAUUGAAAAACCUGUCCCAAACAAGGUGGGAGAGUCGAGUGGAAAGUGUUAAAGCAGUACGACAACAAGCCCCAAAAAUUCGAGAAGCUCUAGUGUAUUUAGCAGAAAAUUGUGAAGAGGAAAAGGUGAGGCAUGAUGCCGAGAACAUUAUUGAACGAGACAUUGAGAAUUUGAGUUCUUGCUUAGUAUGGUUAUUUGGCAUAAUCUUUUAUUCGUUGUGA